AGCUGCUUCUGAUGGAGAAGUUUGUCGAGACACAAGCAUGGCAGGAGAACCGUGGAACAAGAUAAACAUUCCCUUUCCGAGUGCUGUCUCCAGUGUUCGUGUACAUAUCACCACAGAAACAGCUACAAAUGUUGAAACACUGAUGACUGAAAAUGAAAAGGUCCUGAAGCUAAUCCGCAGUGAGAUCCUUCAAACGGAGAUACGAGUUUUGUACGAGCUGCUGUACAACCUGAACAACAGCUCCAAAGGCAACAAGACGUUCAAGGGAUUGAAGCAGGUUGAACAGUGUGUGAACAGGCUGAAGAAUAUGAAAAUUGAUGUUGCUCUUCGGGAACUGGCAGAUAUCUGUCCAAAUAGGAUCCAGAGACAGCUGAGUAUCAAGGAUGGGGAGUGUGUCGUUCCCAGUCAGCCCAUGCUGGAGUGGAUCUGUCUCAAAGUGCUGGGGGCUGCUCAGCUGAUGAGCUGCACGUUGAAUCGAUGCAGCAGAGCUUUCAUACUCUCAAAGCAGCAGUUGAAGUGGGAGGAGUUUAUUAUCCUGAAUGUGGUGACAACCAGCAUGCUCAGUCGUCUGUGGGUGAUUUUCCGUGGUAUGCUGGUUGGCCUGGCCAGCCUGUACCAGCAGCUCCUGGAACUUCUCAAAGAUGUAGCCCACGCCCAGCCCAUGCCCUUCCUCACAGACUUCUCCCUGCCAGCUGAUAUUGCUCAGUUACUUGGUCCUUCCGAUGCAUAUUUAUUGUCUAAGCAUCCAGCACAUAGGAAAGACCGCCAAGACAAGAAGCAGAGAGCGAAGAAAUUUUCAGUUAAAGUCAGGACCCAGGCGCAGAAAAGAAAAAUUAAAGAGGACCUUGGCAUUGCUGUUAAAAGAGGCACUGGUCAUGAUGCAGACAUUAGGCCUUUUUUCAAGCUUUUCAGGAAUUUUACAGAGGGUCCAUCUUUCCCAAAACAAAUGCGAAAGGCUGACAGGAAAAAGAGGUUCCAGAAAAAAGUGAGAGAAGCUGCUUCUUUCACCCACAUGGCGACCCAUCUUGAUGAGAUGAUUCUGUGGUGCAAAUCUCAGAGGAUGGGAAAGGAAAAACGCCUUUUAAACUUCUUGCGUGUAAAGUGCCAAAAGAUGAAAUGCCUAGAGACAGCAGGUUACAAUGUCCAGAGGAAGUUGCAAACUUUUAAAAAGGAAGUUUGCUGGGCUUCAUCUCCACAAGGAUCAGCGCCAAAGACCUUUCAUUCACUUACCUCAAGGAGAAGAAGCGUUCACUUGAGAGCUCAUGUUCAGACACGUAGCAGGCAGUUUAUGUCUUCUACUGUUAGAACUGGUAUAAAAAGAAGAGAGAAAGGGCCCAAGUUAUCUGGACUUCGUGUGGAUGACCAACAAAGCAAGUCUACAGAAGAGGCGACGCAUCAAGCUACAGACUCUGAUAGUCAUGAUGACAUUGAUGAUAUAUUUGCCUCCGUAGGUUUGUGAGACUUGGGAGAAAGUACUCUGUACCACCGAGCUUGGUAUGCAGUAUUCAGCUUUGGCCUGUAAAAAGCUAUCAAGUAUGAGCCGUUACACAUGUAAACAGUUGAAUUCCCUAGACAAAAAAUUUCCAUGUUUUCAUAUUGGACAGGCUUUCAAGUGGAUGAAAUGUCCACUCACCAGCCACUUUAUUGGGAACACUCCAACUGCUUGUUAAUGCAAAUAUCUAAUCAGCCAAUUACAUGGUAGCAACUCAAUGCAUUAAGGCAUGUGGACAUAGUUAAGAUGAUCUGCUGUAGUUCAAAUUGAACAUCAGAAUGGGGAAGAACGGCAAUUUAAGUGACUUUGAACGUACUUGAUGGAACUGAAAUGUAAGACUCUGACUACAGUACUUGUUAUAGAAUAUUUAACAUCUGUGAAAGUUUUUGAUGAGCACCCAGACUGAAACAUGUAUUUAUAGUUCAAAAUAUCAAAGGCAUUCACUGCUUUUUGCUGAAGCAUGCACCAAGUGAAGUAAGAGUUGUUCUCCUGUCUUAAGAUCACAUUGUGUAGCUUUGACUUUUCUUUUGCAAAAAAAAAAAAAGAGAGAAAAUCAAUUUGAUAAAGUGGAAAAUUCUGCAAAUGUGCCAGUUUUUUUUAAUCAGAAUGAAAGGAUUAACAUUGAAGUCAUACCCGUUACAAAUGUGAAAGAGGCUUUUAAAAUUUGGCGAUACCCUUUGAGCAGCUUUACUAGUAUCUUUGUCUUCCCCUGGUGGAUUUGAAGAUCAGUGCACUCAAAAAUUCCAGGCUUGAUCUUCGAGAAUAUGGAAUGAAUCUCUCAACCUUGAUAAAUGUAAGGCUCGUGGCAGAUGCCGCCUGAGACAGCGGAGGUGUCAGCCUUCUCUAGAAAUGAAUUUGUGCUAAAGGAGUCUGAAGAGACGAUACAAACACUCCUGCAGUGGCACCUCUUAGUAGACAGUGUGGACUCAGCCAGAGGCCUUCAGGCACAAGUGGCUCUCACCGAAACCAUGCAGGUGUCUAGCAGUUGGCAGAGAACACAGUGCACCAAAUUAGAACCUAAAGGGUUAGUUUUGCUACAGCCAAUAUUUUUUUCACCAUU